AUGAAUAUUAACAGUAAUAGCAAGCCAAGUCUUUAAGAAUAUCUUGAUAAAUUGAAGCAAAUCCAAGAUGCUAAUAAUAGGAGACUGAGCUAAGCAAAAUCACAGACAAAUGCUUCAAAGAUAAUGACUCCUAAGACAGUUUCUCAAUUAAAAUAACAAACCAAAUCAUCAACUGAUCGUUCUCACUCUUAACAUAAAUUGAUACCUUUCUUUUAAAACAGGAAUGUAUCAAGUUCUAAGAGAUAAACAAGUUAAGCUGAUGAACCUAAAAUACCAAUCUCUAGUUAGGGUAUUACAAAAACAUUAGAAACAACAUCUCCAAGGACUGGUGAGCUAGAAGAUAUAAAAAAAUAACUAAAUUAAUGGUUCAUUAAAGAGAGUAAGAACAAUAAUACGGGAGGGUGUCUCUAAUUAUUGGAACCUACAUUAGUUCAUAAUAUUUGUAUAAAUGAUAUCAAUAAAUCUUAGUAAAAUUACCUCCCAGACAGAAGAUCAAUUCAGAACUAAGAGCUUCUCUUUCAGCUAAGGAUAUGUUAGAUAACACAGCACUUCAUUAUGCCGCCAAAAAUGGGAAUGCUUAAUUAACAUCUGCAUUAAUAUUUAAGUAAAUUGCUAUUGAUGCAUAAAACAAAGAUCACAUGACUCCUUUAAUUUUAGCAGCCAUCAAGUAUUGAAUUGAUUAAUAACAUAUUAGUGGACAUGAAGAAGUCUUGAUGAUCUUGAUGAAUGCAGGUUCAGAUAUCAAUCACUAAGAUUCCGUAGGUAAUACACCAUUGCAUUAUGCGUGUAAAUAGAAUCACAAAGCAAUUGUCUAGUUGUUAUUGAAAAGACAGUCGAUUUAAUUUAAAAAAAACAAAGAACAUAAAACUGCUGAAUAAUAUGCACAAAACGAAGAAAUUCAACGUUUAUUCUAAAAUUACAAUGAGGACAUCAAAAAAUAAUGUAAGUCAUUUGUUUAUCUUAAUUUAAGAGUAGAAAAUGAAUAUGGUCUAGAUAUAAAACACUUAAAAUGAUGUCAUUCUUAAAAUGUUCUAAUAUAAAAGAGGUUAGAUGAAUUAAUAACAAUAACAAGGAAUUUAAUAAUAGACAUAAUAAAAUUUUGCAUAAACUCCAACACAAUUAACUAGUUAUUCAUGCAAAAAUUUGAAUAUUGUUAACAAACAAUCAUCUUCUCCAAACAACCGAACUCAAUAAGAAAUCAAAUAGGAGAGAAUAAAUAAAAUAAACUCAACUCAUUCUAACAAAUAAUAAUUAACAAAUACAGUUUCGACAAACUCUGAUUCAAUUAAGAAUAAGGAAGAAGAGAAGAUUGGACCCUAGCAAUUCUAAGUGAUUGGAUUAAUUGGAAAGGGUAGUUUCGGGGAAGUAUAUUUGGUUUAGAAAAACAAUUAGUUAUAUGCUAUGAAAGUACUUCAUAAAAGCAGAAUUAUGAGUACAUUUAUAUUAUAAUACAAUUAGAACAUAAUUUGACUAGAUAUGCUUUAACAGAAAGGAAUGUAUUGUCAAUUACAUCACAUCCCUUUAUAGUUAAAUUAAGAUUUGCAUUCUAGACCUAGGAUAAAUUGUUUAUGAUUUUAGAUUAUUGUCCAGGAGGAGAUUUGGGAGAAGUCUUAUAAAAGUAAAAGAGACUUCCUGAAAACAUAGUAAAGAACUAUCUCUGUGAAAUUGUCUUAGCCUUAGAGGAUUUACAUAAACGAGAUAUUAUAUUUAGAGAUUUGAAACCAGAUAACAUUGUUUUGGAUGCUGAAGGUCAUGCACUAUUGACAGAUUUUGGAUUAUCCAAGGAAGGGAUUUUAGAACCUAGUACUGGUGCUAGAUCAUUUUGUGGAUCAGUUGCAUAUUUAGCACCUGAAAUGUUAAAGAGAUCUGGUCAUGGAAAGGCAGUUGAUUGGUACUUAUUAGGAGUAGUGAUGUAUGAAUUAUUGGUUGGAUUACCUCCUUAUUAUGCCAAUAAUAGAGAGGAAUUGUUUUAUAAUAUUGAAAAUGCUUAACUCAAAAUACCUUCAUAUAUUUCUAAUGAGGCUAAAAAUCUAUUAAAAGCAGUAUCAAUUCAUUAUAAUUAUAAUAGUUAUUAUAACGAAAUCCAGCCAAGCGUCUAGGCUCAGGUAAAGGGGACUCAGAAGAAAUCAAGGCACAUCAAUAUUUUCAUGAUGUCAAUUGGGAGGUUGUUUAUAAUAGAGAAUUAACGAUGCCAAAACCUAAUAGGAAAAUCAGAAUCAAUACCAAAAUCGACGGAAAUGUAUUUGACAUGCAGAGCAUAGUAGAUGAAUCUAAAGCUCAUUUAGGAGGCUGGACCUUUGUUAAUAAUGAUGAUUUAUGA